GACACCAUUGACAUACAGAUGCCACCUAGUGCGAGUUCGUCUGAUUCGGAGUGUGCAGGAAACACGUCUAGUAGUACGCUCAAGUUAGACUUUUUCACAGACUGGUUCGUUGAAAUGAAAUUCGUAUUGGGUUCAUCUGUUGACACUCUUGAUGAUGACAAAUACUACAUGAAUUCGUUCACACUGCAGUACGUGCUUGACGAUAAUUUCAAGAACCCAGCAAAACCCGGUACAACUAUGAGCGCUACAAGAACAAAUAACGACUUCGGUACAACAAUUGGAAAGUCCUAUGAAUGUGAAAGUAAAACUGAUCUUACGAUCAAUGAUGACGUAGAAAUGGAUAUUAGUGACCUUCGCAUCCAGCCUUUUGCAGAGAGGUCUGACGGGGAAUAUGGAGAGUCUGAGAGUUGUACAAUGGAUACAGUCAAUGACAAUCUUAUCGCUAUCAUAGUUGGAUGCUGUCUUGCAGGCCUUAUUAUCAUCGUGGUCAUUGGUUACUGUGUUGGUAGAUACAGGAAGAAGUCGUAUACCUCCAUCUAAUCUCAUGGACGGAGAGAUUUAUAGAAAAUAUUGUAAUAACUUAAUAAUUGUAAUAGAUCAGAGGUCAGGGUUAUGGGUCCAAUGAUUACCAUGGUAACAAUCACGUCUAGGCCACUAAUGUUACACUCAUGUCAGUGUUCUAAUGUUAUGCUUGUGACGUAACUGAUCAUUUCAUAAUGCAACAUUGCUAUUUCCAUUGCAGUAUUCCAAAUCUUUUAUUUGUUAGGAUUAAGGUUAGUGUCACUUUGUACAGUGGUAACGGUGUUAAUAUUUUGUUUUAUUCGUAUAUAGACCCAUGUACUAUUUAGAUCGCUUUUCGUCUUUAUAGACGUGGUUGUCUUU